UGGAAUGUAAGGAAAAGUAUUUAUGUAUCUUGAAUAUCAAAUAGUCACUCAUACCUUCUCAGACCUGCAAGCGUUACUUUAUUCACCCUGGAAAUUUUUGGAUUUCAAACCUAACGUAUAAAAGCUACCCCAUAAAUAACCCAACAAAACUUAUCCUUGUCCGUCCAGUGUAUACUCUCAGUGCUACAUUAAAACGUGAAAAUUGCAAAGUUUUGAUUAGCUCGGAAGUUUCUUGUCCAAAUUUUAAGCUUAUCUAUUUAUGACAGCGAUAUGUUUCUCUGUGUGUGAAAAUUAGCUCUCUGUUCUCAAAAGUAACCGCCCCCGGAACCGAACUUGAGCCAAAAGGGUGCCACCAAAACAAAACUUAUCGAUCAGCCUAAUUUGCGAAUAUGGAAAAUAAAAUGAUCCCACAACAGUGCAACAUCCCACGGAACACUUGUCCCUUAAAGGGUCAAACACCCAUAAAAAAUGGGAAAACCAAGAACUUAUAUUUUUGCACAGAUCAAAAUUGUGACAAGUCCUUCGCGUUAAAAGGUGGUCUUCAAUCCCAUUUGAAGCGGAUGCAUCCACCCGGCUCGAGACUCCGUUCCUUUAAAUGUGAUCUCUGCCAGAAGGGUUUCUACACGAGUCAUGAACUUGACCUUCACAAGAAUAAAACACAUUCAACCCUGAAACCAUUUGGGUGUAGCGAAUGCGAAAAAUCUUUCAAGAGUCAGCUCGGGUUGAAGGUGCACAUCUGGUCGCACAAGGGCGAGAAAUCCUUCGCCUGUCCUCAUUGUCCCAAAAUAUUGUCGUCUUAUUCAAACUGGCGACGCCACACGUAUAUCCACACAAGGUCAGAUAAUGCCAGAAAAAAGCUGUCGUGCCCACAUGACGAUUGUCCCGCCAAGUACGAGUACCCCUACGAGCUAAAACUUCAUAUUUCGCAAGCUCAUAGCACCGUAAUACGUGCGCGAGACCAUAACUGCUCCACGUGCUCGGCAGCAUUUUUUGACAAAAACAAACUCCGCAGACACGAAGACAUUCACACCCGUGACCCCGUAAAGAAUCACUUAAUCUGCUACUUUUGUCCGAAACGGAAAGCCGAACUGUGCGAGCUGGCGGGUCAUAUGAGAAAGCACACUCAAGAAAAACCCUAUCGUUGCCCCUUGUGCAGAAGAUCCUUCAGUUUUUUGGGUAACAUGACGCGACAUAUUUUCACCCACACGAAGGAAAAGCCGUUCUCCUGUAGCGUCUGCGAGAUGCGGUUCAGUAACCAAGAAUCGCUCCGAACACACGUGGCGACCCAUACGCGGGAAAAGCGGUUCUUCUGUAAAAUGUGUGACUAUGCGGCCUUUCAUAGGACCUCAGUGAACACCCAUGUGCGACGGAUUCACUACAGAGUGAACGAAUUUCAAUGUCACAUGUGUCCAAAGAGGGUAUUUAGCAAGCCGGAAUUAAGGACACAUUUAGAAGGGCAUUUUAAAGUUAGAAGAAUAUCGGGGUUUCCUUGUUACUUAUGUCAUGAAGGAUUUGCUAGGGUUCGAGAGAUGGAGGCGCAUCUGAGACGGUGCACGGGAGAGAGAAAAUUAGUGUGAUGAGAAAUUAGUAUACUGUGUAGGAGUAUUUAUUUACCUAAAGUACGUAUGUCAAUGUUUAUUGUAGAAAAAUGAGUAUGUACUUUGUUACUCCUUAUGUAAGUCAGUCACUGUUUUUGAAAUGUAUGUGUGGGAUUGAGUAGGUCAAAAAUUAAUGUUUUUAAUGAUUAAGCAUAUGUAAAUAUGUACCCUAAAGAAUAUUUAUCGAUACAAUGCAUAUUUAGCAUGCAUAAUGCGCCAAGAAAUUUGCAACGCUACGAAAUAAAAUACAUACGUAUUUCGCUAAC